AUGUAUAUUGUUGGUUGGUUGAAAGUAUUAGUACUUUCGCUUUUCCUUUCAUUUAGUUCCAAAUCAAAUUUAGCUUUUUCAAAAGAUACAGAUAAAGUACCACCUAAUAGUUCAGAAGGAUUAGUAAUACGACUGAAGAAGGGCCUUAACACCUUCACAGAUUGCAGCGUCGACAGAUUACUGGAACACUGCGACAAAGAGACAACCAAAAAUUUCGAAUGCUUCAGAUCCUUGGGAGAAUGUAUUUCCCUGGGCUUUAAAACAGCCUUGUUAAAGGAGAAGGCCAAAGAAGAAAAAAAAGAAGCACCAAAACAGAAAGAGGAGUUGUAA